GGAACCCGGAAGUGGGUUUGGCACCGCCGCGUGUGCUUCCGGUAAGUCCCGGAGAGGCUGCUGCAGCCGCCGCGGGCUCCGUAGUCCAGCCUCCGUCGGGAGGAUGUUUUACCACAUCUCCCUGGAGCACGAGAUCCUGCUGCACCCGCGCUACUUCGGCCCUAACUUGCUGAACACGGUGAAGCAGAAGCUCUUCACCGAGGUGGAGGGGACCUGCACCGGGAAAUAUGGCUUUGUAAUUGCUGUCACCACCAUUGACAAUAUUGGUGCUGGUGUGAUCCAGCCUGGCCGAGGCUUUGUCCUUUAUCCAGUUAAGUACAAAGCCAUUGUUUUCCGGCCCUUUAAAGGCGAAGUUGUAGAUGCUGUGGUCACUCAGGUGAACAAGGUUGGACUCUUCACUGAAAUUGGGCCCAUGUCUUGCUUCAUCUCCCGUCAUUCCAUCCCGUCAGAGAUGGAGUUUGAUCCUAACUCCAACCCACCAUGUUACAAGACAACAGAUGAGGACAUUGUGAUUCAGCAGGAUGAUGAGAUUCGCCUGAAAAUUGUCGGCACCCGUGUGGACAAGAAUGACAUUUUUGCCAUUGGCUCCCUGAUGGAUGAUUAUUUGGGUCUUGUGAGCUGAGUGUGGACUGCUCUGACCUUUUUGGUCCUGAUUGGGAAGUAGAACUUUCAUACUUGCUACUUGGUCCAGAGGCUGAUUCUGGCCCGUUUUCAGUGAAACAAAGAAAGUUCCUUGACUCCAGAAGACAUCUGGCACUUCUUGCAGUUGGUUACAGCUUGCAGACUUGCCACUUUGUGUUCUAAUCAUUAAAGGUCCUUGGUUCUCA